GGCAAGAUACUCCCCGGCCACCAACCCUUAUUUUCACAGAGCUUGUGUGUUUUGACAACAGGCCUGGUGGCUGCCAGUGGGUUGGGAUGGAGAACCAAGGAGUGAAAUCCAGCAACCUUUAACCGGAGGGCCAUGCGUGUUGGACUGCGGCCACGCAGUGGUUGCCUGGUGCUCUGUCUGUGCCUGUCAGCUGUCACUUUGCUGCUGCAGAGCCUGUGGGUGCCACAUGAGAUGACUAAGGAUGAACCUGCUGGGAGGUCACCGGAGGAGCAGGGUCAGCGCGGUCUCGGCGUUCGUAGACUGGCUCUGCGUUUGGAGGCUCUGAGCACUCAGGUGCAGAGGCUGAGCAGAGAGAGGGAUGUGACCCAGCUGAGCAGAGAGGAUCUCAGUGUGAUACUGCAGAGCUUCAGACAGGACCAGAAAGGUCUGGCCCGCUUGGUGGAGAAGGAGCUAAUGCGAGUGUCCCAGAAGCUGGAUCAGCUCAGCCGUAGUCACCAGCGUCACCAUCGCUCUCACACUCCAGCGCCACAUGACGACCUCAGAGCGCACAGAGGGCCCAGUGAGUGUGAGGUGCCAGUGGACGCUGCGUAUCCGGUCUGUGCCGAAAAAGUGGAGUUCCUGCAGGUACGCUGGCAGUCAGACCCCUGCUAUGCUUUUUAUGGGGUGGAUGGCACCACCUGCUCCAUCUUGACUUACCUCAGCCAAAUAGAAGAUUUUUGUCCUCCACGCUUUGGAAGGAACCACUCGGCGCUGCCAUGGCACAGGAAACCUCACUCCAAUCCAGAGAAGGCUGCGAUACGUACGUCUCUGAACCAACUGUACAAGGUCAUCGGCAACAGCAGCAGUGGUCCUGCAUUAAACUUCAUCAGGUCCAGAGUGGAGAGGAUGUCUGAGCGGUGGGUACAGGCUGGUGUGAGGAUGAGGCAGAGCAGCAACAGGACGGUUGCGAGGCGGGUGCUCCUUUAUCCCGGUGCCCUGGCUGGAAGUGCUGGUCAGCGUUUUGAAGCCAUGGUGGAGAGAGGGGGUCCUUUGGGCGAGCUGGUCCAAUGGGCCGACCUCAGCGCUUGUCUGACAAUCCUGGGCCACAAUGUCAAUCUCAGCACGUCACAGCGCCAACUCCACAGCCUGAUAGGUGCUGCUCCAGGCCGAGGCAGUUGUCCAAUCCAGAGGCCGCUACCCUUCGACCUCGUCUACACGGACUACCAUGGCCUCGCUCACCUUCAGGGAGCCAUGGGACUGGCCUUCCAGCAUUACCAAUGCCGCUUCAGAAUCCUGGACUCUUUUGGCACCGAACCGGCUUUUAACUUGGAGAGUUACGCAAAUAGCCAUGGAUACAAAACAUUGUGGGGCAGAUGGGGUCUCCGGCCUCUGCAGUACAUGACUAUGUUCCCUCACACUCCUGAUAACUCCUUCCUGGGCUUUGUGAGCGAGGAGGCAGUGAGGGCGGAUGUAAGAGAGGAGGAGCUGGAGCCUGAGACCUACAGGAAAGACAGGAUGGCAGUCGUCUAUGGUAAACAGGACUACAUGUGGCAGGGUAAAUCGGAGUAUGUGGAGGCAAUAAGCGAGGAGCUGGAGACCCACGCCACGGUCUACCAGCCUCCAGGUCACUCGUCUAAUCUGCCCAGCUUCAUCAGAAACCACGGCCUGCUGAGUCAGGAACACUUCCUACGACUUCUCCGCAGAGCCAAGGUGUUUGUAGGUCUUGGUUUCCCCUAUGAGGGUCCAGCUCCUAUUGAGGCAAUAGCCCUGGGCUGCAUCUUCCUUCAGCCCAAAUUUGACCCACCACACUCAUCAGACAACAAUGACUUCUACAAGGGCAAACCCACUUCAAGACAGAUCUCCUCCCAGCACCCUUAUGCUGAGGAGUUCAUUGGUCGACCUCAUGUGUGGACCGUGGACACGGCCAACAGGACCGAUGUACAGGAGGUGCUCAAAGCUAUUUUAAGCACUGAGGUGAAACCUUUCACCCCCCGAGAGUUCACCUGUGAGGGGAUGCUGGAGCGGGUUCGUGGUUAUAUCACCCACCAGGACUUCUGCAGUAAAUCUGUCCCUACGUGGCCACCGGAGAGCGCUCUGAGGAUGCACCUAGGUCCCCUGGGCCAAUCGUGUGUUAGUGUGUGUCGACGCUCCUCCCUGGUGUGUGAGCCUGCUCUGUUUCACCACCUCAACAGUCCCUCUGCGUUUACCAGGCUUGGACUAGGUUGCGCCAGCAUGGGGCAGGAAGUCAACCAUCUUUUUCCAGCCUACAACCCUUGGGGCCGACACUGUGGUCUUCAGCAGGAGCCUCUACUGUUCAGUUGUGCCGGCUCUGACCCUUCCCACCGCAGACUGUGUCCCUGCAGAGCUCACCUGCCUGGACAGGUGGCGCUGUGCCCUGACUGCAUCUAAACACUGAAAGAACUCUGGAAGUAAACACCAAAGAGCCAUCUGGAGUACAUGUUGUAUAGGUAAAGAAUUGAUCUCAACUAUAGACUGGCUGGCUGCACUAUAGGUCAUAAACCCCACCAUCUCCAUGUUAGUGGAUGGGACGUCGACCAAAAGAAAAAGUCAUAUUCAUGUGAAAUACAUUUUUCUCAAGGAUGUUUUUUGUCGUUUUAGGUAGUAGAUAUGUUUAAGUGUUCAUGUGACAGCCAGCAACCAAGAUCUCUGAUUCAAGGGCCCUGAGUUUGGCAUUGUUUGCAUUGUGGCGCAAUCUAUGCAGCACCUGGAAGUAUAGCACCUUCUCUGGCUUCCCGCUGUACCAGGAAUGAACUGCUGUCAACCAAACAGUCCUUCUCCAUAUGUGUGGGCUGGUUGCUUUGCACUGAAUGGUCAUUAACAUUUUAUUAUAGUGAUCAGGCUGCAUGCAAGUGUGAUUUUGCACCAUAAAGCCCAUUCAGACUCUGGCUACAAAUUACGUUAUUGCCGCGAGAUGAUCUUCAUGUUUUGGAAUAUUUUGGCUUCGUUUCUGGAUAGAAGGAGGAAAUGGAGGCGGGUUGUAAAUCUUUAUUUACAGUCUAUGAUCUCAACCAAAGAAAAAGCAAACUGUCCUGCCAACGCUGAAUUGUGUGGUCUUGUUGGCUUACUUAGGCUGAAGGUGAAGUAUUAGCUCAGAGUAUUUUGUCGAUAUGCACAUGAGUUGAAACUCAGCAAUUUUCAGGGCCCCACAGAAUCAUCUCAGUCAGCACCACUGACAUUUAGUCUUUUAUAACAGUUUUGAAUGCAUUACAAAACAAAUCAAGCAGAUGCUCACUUUAGCGAUUAACAAUUUUUAAAACAAUAUGAGAGAGGUUGUGCCAAGUUAUGAAAUGAGCUG